AUGAGCACAGUGACUAAUGAAUCGAAGAAGAAGGAAACAAUUGAUAAGGCACUAAUACAGUAGUAAAGGGAACAAUUAAAGCAGACGGUUUUGGAAAGAUUUAUAAAAGAUUUCGGUAAGAACAACAAAAACAAAAUAUAAGUAACUUACAUAAUAGAGAAUAGAUAAUUACUUAAAUAGUGAAUGAUUAUUUUACAAAAACCAGAGUCACUGAUGUGACUUUGAAGACUCUUAAAUAAUAAGUUUAAUAAGCAAUUCAAAAUGUAGGAUCGACAACACAAUCCUAGGCAGAAAAAUCAAUAUAGGAAUCAUAAGGUAUUGCAUCGAUGUGAAUAAUUUAAGUCACUCAACAAUAGCAAACACAGCAUGUUCCUUAGUAAAAGCCUCCUAGUAGUCAAUCUAGAAAAUCAAAUUAAUAACAAUUAUAACAAUAAUAAUCUUAAUAAUAUCAUUAAGAUGCACAUUCUGAAAUAUCAUCCAAAGUAUCGAUAUAUAUGUAUGAUGUAAAAAGGCUCCGAAAUCAGUGUAUAUGAUGGAAGGCGAUGAGGAUGAUGAAUGGGCAACUUUAGUUAAGUUUGACACUGAAUUAUUUAAGAAAGAGAAGGAACUCGAGAAUGUAAGGAAACAAGAAUUCAAAAAGAAAGUAAAAUCUGAAUUGGAUAGAUAAAUAAAUGAGAAAUAAAAUAAGAAAUAAGAGGAGUUUUAGGAUGAAGAUGCUUAUGUGAAGCUACAUCAUUAUUAAUUAAAUGUCUAUGAUUAGAGAGAAAAAGAGAAACAAGAUAAUCUUAAAAGCAAAAUAUUUAAUGAAAAAUAAUAGAGAGACAAAUAGGUUAGAGAUGAAUAACAAAGAAAGUAUGAAAAUGAAAAAGAUAUUAUCUAGAAAAGUAGAAUAAAAGAAGGAGAAGGAGUUAGAUAGUUUACUUGUUAAAAAGAUAAGAGAGGAAUUGGAACUUGAAUAGAGAGAAUAACUUAAUAGAAGAAACAAGGAGAGAGAGAGAUUCUUGAGAAUGAUGAAGGAAAAUGAGGAAUAUAGAAAGAAGGCUUUAGAGGAUGCUAAAUUAGAGAAGGAAGCUGAAACUUAAAUGUAAUAACAAUACAUUAACUUGCAAAAUCAAUUAGAAGAACAAAGAGAUUUGGAAAGGAAAUAGAGAGAAGAAAAGAUGAAGAAAGUGAUGGGGAUGUUUGCAGAGGGUGUGGUGAAAGAUUAAAAGGAAUUGAUUAGAUAGGAAGAUGAGAAAAUGUUAAGGAAUAUUAUAGCAUAAAAUGAAAGGGAGAAAAUUGAAGAGGAAAAGAAAAAGAUAAAAUAAUUGGAUUAAAGAUAAUAAUUAAGAUCCUUCUUGAAUUCUUAAAUAGAGGAAAAAAAGAGAAGACAAGAAGAGGAAGAGGAAUUAAAUAAAAGAUAAGCUGAAAUCUGGAAAUAAGAUUUGAAUAAUUACAAUGAUCAUGAGAAGAAAAAAUUUGAUGUAUUAAUAUUCAGAAUUUAAUUAGUAUAUUAAAGAAGUAAAUUUAAGACAUGCAGAUAUAUUAAAGAAUCAAAUUGAAGAAAAGUAAGGUAAAAUUAAAAAGAAGACAACUAAAAUGAACACAGCUGAGUUGCUCUAAAAUAAAGACAAACUUAAAGUAAUUGCUUAAGAAGUCCCAGAACUUGGAGAGAAAGUAAAGAAGAUUGAGAUUUGA